AAGAAGACGUUUGGACCAAUCAGCAUCGUAGCCAGAAGCUGACCCGGAAGUAAAUCACGUUAUCUAUUUUUCAGGUUGCUGUUGGAAACUGCCUCAGAAGGAUGUCCUGCAACACAAGCGUCACUCGUCUCUGUGUGUCAUCUGUAAACGAAGCCCAGCGAGCCCCAGUCCACCUCACUCCCUGUGAGAUUGAACAUAAUGGGCCAGCUCAGGUCUCACAGUACUUCACCGCCACCACAAAGAACCGCAAACAAGAGCAGACAGUAUCCUUCAGAGGACGCUGCCUGAGAGGGCAGGAGCUGAGCUGUCCACAGGGCUACACCGGCCUGGUGCUGAAAGAGAUCAACAAACCCGGGUCUGAUCAGGAGGACAGGACUGUGAAGGUUUCCUCUGUAUUUGACAAACUGACCUACUGGAAUCUGGAGACGCCGCCAAACUCUGAUGAUACAGUUGUGAUGGCGAUGGACUGGCCCGAGCUGGCUGAGGCGAUCCAUGGGCCUGUUGAAGACUGAAGAGAUCCAAGAGGGUAAACUUAUUUUCGGAGGCUGCAAGAAGCAUGAAGUCCCUUCAGUGUUAUUUUCUGUUGUAUUGUCCAUUUUACUCAUUAUUGACCUACAGUUAUGAAAAUCUAAAGAUCAGCUUAUAAAGUAAUGCAGAGUAAGAAGUGACAAAGUUGAUUUUUGUGCAUGUACUUUUAUAGUGAAAUUACAAAAAA